UUUUGACAUACGAAUGUAAACAAUAUCCACAAUUUCUGUCAGUUUUAUUGUUGACAAAAGUGUAAUCUAGUAAAAUAGUAUUUUAUUCCCAAAUUCUAGGGAUAAUAACACUGUAAUAGUUGUUAAUUGCAUUAAUUUCUGUACCAUUUGGAAAAAAUAGGCCAAGUGACAAUGGUUCGACCGACGGUUCGGUUGCUACAAGCAACGAGACCACAUGUACCUUAUUGGAAAAGAAAUCCCCAUUUGGAUAAAAUGAUACGUGUGGAUCACGCAGGUGAACUGGGCGCGGACAGAAUAUACGCGGGCCAAAUGGCAGUGCUGGGCUCCACAGCCGAGGGGCCGUUGAUCAAGCAUAUGUGGGAACAGGAGAAACGACACCGCGAGAAGUUCGAAGAGCUUAUCAACGAGUACAGAGUGCGCCCUACCGCGCUCACACCGAUAUGGAACAUAGCUGGUUUUGCACUUGGAGCUGGUACGGCACUUCUGGGCAAGGAAGCUGCAAUGGCGUGCACUGUCGCGGUAGAAACAGUCAUAGUUGAUCAUUACAACGACCAGCUUCGGACGCUUAUGGAGGACCCCAACAUAGACAAGGACAUUCUGGAGACCAUCACCAAGUUCCGUGAUGAGGAACAGGAGCACCACGACACAGGGAUCGAACACGGCGCCGAGCAAGCGCCGUUCUAUAGAGCUCUCACUGAAGUUAUUAAAGCUGGUUGUAAAGUGGCCAUAGAGAUAUCGAAACGCAUAUAGGUUACUAUUAUAUAGUAUAUUUUUAAAAUUACAUAAUAUUUUACAGAAUAUAUUGCUAGUUAUUUA